AUGAGCAAAUUUCAUAUUGUCUUAGAAUCUACUUUGUGCCUUGUGUGUGGUGAUCAUCCUGAAACUCACAGCCACUUAUUCUUUAGCUGCUGUCUUUCUCAAAGGGUGGUGGAGCUUGUGUUCACUUGGCUGGGUUUCAGAGGAUGGCCGAUGGACUUUAAUGGCUGGUUGAGUUGGCUUUCGGUGCCUGCUAAGGGAAUUGUGAAUAUGGUUAGUGUAGCUGCAAUUGCAGCAACUUGCUACAGCUUAUGGUUAAACAGGAAUAGGUGCGUUUUUGAAGGCCAUUCCAAAUCUGAUGUAAAGCUUGCUCAUGAUAUAAAAAGUGUUCUGUCUUACAGGUUAUACAUUCCUGCUGCUUCUUCUUAG